CGCAGAACGACUGGCGGCUCAGUCUCGUGGUGGUUAGCUCGGAGCUAAAGCUAAAAACAGUGAGUGGAGUUCAUGGAUCUAUAAUGAUUAGUUUAAUUAAAUAUGAUUUAAAUGAUUUUAUGACAGAGCUGUGGUGAAAAUGUGCACAAGACGCACUCUGAGAGCUCUGGUGAAGGAGCGGCUGACUGCGGCUGCGGAAGACAUAUUUGCGCUGUUUGAAAGAACGAUAUCGGAGUAUGAGGAGGAACUGCGCCUCUCCAAACAAGAGAACCAGAGAAACCAGGAGCUGCUGGAGGCUCUGAACCCGAGAGUCGUGCUGCUCAGAGCGGGUGUCCAGACGGCCUCCCUCAGUCCUGAUCCUGGUCUGAACCAGGAAAUCCCAGAGACUCCACAGAUUAAAGAGGAGCCAGAGGAACAGAGCGUCAAACAGGAGGAAGAGCAGCUUCCAGUGUGUGUCCCAGAGUCCGGUGCUGUUGACGUGAAGACAGAAGAGUCCUCACUGCUUCAACAAAGACAAACUGAGGCCAGAGAGGACAUGAGCACAGAGACACAUUUACACUCAGAGACUGAGGGACACAUAGAGCACUCUUCUGACACUGACAGGAGACAAGACUGGAGAGCUCCAUUCAGCUGUUCAGAUGACGAAAACCAAGUCCAUACCAAAGCCAGAAGCAUCUCUUCACAAAACUCUGGGGUAGACUUACUUUUGGAGGAUGGACCAGAGACCAGUGUCACUAUGAACAAUGGUGAUACGUCAGAAACACCUGAAGAAGCUCAGUGGAAGAGGCACCAGUGUGCUUUUUGUAGAAGAAAAUUUGGGGCAAAAGAGCACUUGCAGAGGCACAUUAGAAUUCACACAGGAGAGAAACCCUUCAGCUGCUCAUAUUGUCUGAAAAAAUUUGCCCGUAAAUGUAGUUUAGAUGCACAUAGAAGAAUACACACGGGCGAAAGGCCUUACAGCUGUUUAAUCUGUCAGAAAACAUUUACUCAACUGUCUGCACUAAAUUACCAUAAACAGACACAUACAAAUGAGAGACCUUUCAACUGUUCACUUUGUAGAAAAGGAUUUAUUAAUCGUGGGGCUCUGAACACCCAUAACUUAAUACACACAGGUGAAAAACCAUUUACCUGUUUAAUCUGUAAGAAAGAAUUUAACCGUAAAUUUCUUUUAGAUGCACACAGACACAUACACAUAGACAAAAAAACAGGCUGUUUGUCAAGAAGUAAAAAAACUGUAAAAACAGAGAGACAAUUUAGCUGUUACAUCUGUACAAAACAAUUUAGCACUCGUUGUCACUUAGCUCUCCACAUUAGAACCCACACAGGUGAAAAACCAUACAGCUGUUUGACCUGUAAUAAAGCCUUUUCACGUAAAGAUGCUCGAGAUGUUCACAGCAGAACACACACUGGUGAAAAACCUUACUGCUGUUCAAUCUGUAAGAAAUCCUACUCCUGUAAAGUGAGUCUAGAUGCACACUAUAUAAAGCACAUCGAUGAUUAAAGAGCUCCCACAAACUGGCCUGUAGUCAAUUAACUAAAUGAUGGUGUCUUAGUGUCACAAUACUAACAUUUCACACUCCAGACCUGGAAUAGACUUGAUACUCAAUAUUGAUUCAGAUGCCACAAUAGAAUGUGAUUUUAAACAUGAACCAUUUGCAAUAUUAAAUCAGUUCAAGUUCUUUCUUUCUGUUCCCAUGUGUCUUGUUCUGAUACAGCUCAACAUUAUUCUGAGACUCUUAAGGAGAGGCUCAUUUCUGUCCUGUCAACGGGACAUUUUACUGUUGAUAACUAGUUUACUAUCGAUUAGCAUCUGAUUUUCACCCUCAUGCCUUAAGCUACAUUCAGACUGAACGCGGCACACACUAAUUACUUGAGUGAUUGUUAACCCUGUGUGUAAAUGUAGGCACAGUGAAGGUUUGUUAUAGUUCUAUAUCAGGUCCCAGACUUGACACAAGCUUCUGCGGAGCUCGUCAGGGUUCAGGUGCAUCAUGGGAAUUCAAACUAUUUAAUUUGUUGAAGUAUUUGUUUUUUGUUUAUUGUGACAAUAAAACAGGAACAGUUCAUGUUUGGCACAGAAAUCUCUGCCCAAUAUGAUUGUUUAAUCAGCUGUCCGUAUGGACCGUCUUUGUGGUUCAGCCAAUCACAGACUUUGUGUUCAGCAGAAACUCAAUGCGUAGUUUACUUGUCCAUCGCAGGGCGUUUGGCGCGAUUUGACACUUUGUAUGUGAGCACAGCAUUAAUCAACAAAAAUUUGUAUUAGUCUACUAAUUAUUUAGUUUAGAUUAUAAGGAAUAAUAUGCACAACAUCAGAAAGGAGAAGGUAAGGAGUGAAUUAUGUGAAGAAUUGGAAGUGAAUCCUGCGUUAAAUCUGUUUGUUUACAUUGAAAUGGAUUUUUGUAUUACAUUUUCUGUAUAAUUAGUUUUAUUUUGAGCGCAGUUUGGGUCAGAUGCAAAUUUAAUAAUAUAUACAAGAGUUUUUGACACACCCCCGUCAAUAAAUGUGUGUAAAUAUGCUCAUAUUUGUCUUGUUUGUUGUUUAAGUUGUAGGCCUGUCACUAGAAUUGCAGGUCACUUGAUUAUGGUACUGUUUCCUUGUUCUAGUGGGGAACGUUUUGUAAUUUUUCUGCACCAUAAUGAGAUUUGAGCUGUGGAGGGUGGAAUAAAUAAGUUCUCUGACUCAUUCAGUA